AUGGCCCUCCUGGCUCACACCCUGGCACUGCUGGCAAUGACCGUGGCCACCAUAGCCACCGUGGCCAUCAAGGUGGUGCCCCUGGACAUGGCCCAGGACUCCUUUGAUGAUCAGUACCAGGGCUGUGGCCCUGCCAUGACCAAGGCAUUGCCAUCUAUCUACAAAUUUGAGCUCCAGAAGAAUCCUCUCUUUGCCAAGACCUGGGUGAAGGCCGAGACUGAGUGGCGCAAGCGGGGCUCCCAUGUGUCCCCUCUGGCGUCCUCAGCCCAGGCCAUUGCUGUCAUGGCUUACUCAACAAAGGACAUUUACAAGGACUUCAACGCGGCCGUGCGUGCAGCUGGGCACUCUCGCCAGGAAUACCGGAAAAACUUCCACUUCAAAACGCUGCAUUUCCUGCUGACCCAGGCACUGGUGACACUGAGGCAGGCUCAGAACGGGCAGUGUCGCCACGUGUUCCGGGGUGUGCAUGAUGUCCAGUUCCAGGCACGGAGUGGCCAGAAGGUCCGGUUCGGUCAAUUCACAUCAACGUCCCUGAGCAGAGAGGUUGCCAAGAAGUACGGGACGAACACCCUGUUCGAGAUUCACACGUGCCAUGGUGUGGACAUCCAGGCUUUUUCCUUCUAUCUGAGCAACCAAGAGGUGCUGAUCCCUCCAUACGAAACCUUUGAGGUCACCAAAGUCAUCCGGAUUGGGAAGAGGACAUGGAUCAGUCUCCGCUCCGCCGGGACCUUCAGCAAACACAACUGCGCGUGGCUGUGAGGUGGGAGCAUCCCCAUGGCCCCUUUCCACCACAGAGGACGCCUCCAGACCACGGUGGUCCCAGCAGUGGCCACCAGCAUCCUCUGAGCCACAAGGCCACCAAGGUCACCAAGGUCACUGUGGUCACUGUGGCAGCCAUGGCCACCAUGAUCAUCAAGACUACCGCAUCCUCAAGGCUACCACAGCCACCCUGGCCAGUGUGGCCAUGAAGGUCAUUGGGCAAAGCCAUUUUAUUCAAUCAAAUCAAAUCUAUCACAAUAAUUCUAUUAAAUAAAUCUGUUACAGCCAGCAAAGCGUCAAAAUUCUUAAGCAGGGCUCGAG